UUUCACCACAUGAUAUUCUUCAAGCCGGUGCUCUCCUCAUCUUCUCUGCGUUCACCACUAUGCGAGGACUGUAGCGCGGACUUCAGUCGACAUGGACAGGCAACUGGAGCACAUCCAGUUUUGGUGUUUCCUCGGACUUUUGCAAUUCGCACCGUUGACAGUGGGGUUCAGCUUCGACAUUCGCUAUCCCAGAACAUUAAGUGUCUCGGACUCGGAGACAGCAGGGUCCCAUUUCGGUUAUCGUGUCUGUCAGUUUGGACCGGCGCAGGGAGGCAGCAGUGUGUUGGUCACCGCUCCUUUUCAAGACAAUGGGACAGGAGUAGUUUACAGGUGUUCUUAUGACAGUGGCACUUGUAAAGCUCUACCCGUACAAGUGGAGCCAGGAGUUUCAUUAGGAUUGUCACUAGCUUGUAAUGCUGACAGAGCUAUGGUGUGUGGACCACGUCAGAUCCAUGGCUGUGAUACUCUAAACUACCUCCAAGGACUUUGUGUUGAGCUGGGGCCACAGCUUACGGUCUCACAAACACUGAAGCCUGCCUUUCAAGAGUGCCGUGAGUUUGGCUUGGAUGCAGUGAUUCUGUUUGACGGAUCUCAGAGUAUCAUAACCAGAGACUUUGUCACCAUGAUCGACUUCAUCAAAAACAUUAUUCGGAUGUUCACUGCCCCCCGUGCACAGGUGGCAGUUGCUCAGUAUUCGACAGACACCAGUGCUGUCUUCCACUUUGAGGACUUUGUGUCUGAUCCUAACCCUGACAACCUGAUGCGAUCCGUGGACCAUUUCCAGGAGGCGACAUACACCCCAUCAGCCAUCCGCUAUGUUCUAGAAGAGAUGAUGACAGAAGAACGGGGGAUGAGGAAACAUUCCAGGAAGCUGUUGGUUGUGAUAACAGAUGGCAAAUCUAACGACCCUAAAGAGACCUUUAACUCUGUCAUACCAUUGGCCGAGAUGAAGGACGUAAUCAGAUUUGCCAUUGGGGUUGGGAAGCAAUUCUCUAGACAAGAGCUUGAGCAGAUUGCGUCUUUCCCAAACUUUGUAUUUGAGACCAACAGUUUUGAUGCUCUGAAAUCCAUUCAGUAUGAGCUUAGGGAGAAGAUCUUUGCAAUUGAAGGAACUAACUCCACCAACUCCAGUUCUUUUGAACAGGAACUGUCCCAGGGAGGCUUUAGUACCACUCUCUCUGGGGGUGUGUCUCUGUUUGGGGCAGUAGGGUCAUACUCAUGGUCUGGGGGCAUUGUGGAGGCAGCCAGAGGGGUGAAUGCCACGUUCAUCAAUGCCUCUGCACUGGAGACAGACAUGCAGAACUCCUAUCUGGGCUAUUCAGUGGCAGUGGCAGAGACAGUGAAUGGCAGUAUAUAUUUUGCUGGAGCUCCCAGGUUCAACCACACUGGGCUGGUCCUGGUCUUCCAGAGGGAUCCUCUCCAACAGGAGUGGACUGUCACCCACAGGAUACCUGGGUCUCAGCUUGGUUCCUACUUCGGGGCAGAGCUGUGUGUGCUAGAGAUCCAUGCUGGGCCAGGGAAGGGCCGUGCUGAGCUGCUGGUUGUUGGGGCUCCUUGGUAUCAUGCCCAGGGUGUUGGGGGAGAGGUCCACGUCUGUACCCUGGAGACUGGAGCACCCAACUGCUCCCUCACCCUGCGUGGAGUCCAGGGGAACGUCCAUGGUCAGUUUGGGACGUCUCUGUCCCCCUGUCCAGACCUGAAUGGGGACGGGUUGCCGGAGCUGGCUGUAGGAGCCCCACUGGAGGACAGAGGACAUGGGAGUGUUUACAUCUUCCUGGGAUGCCCUUGGGGCAUCCAGGCCAAAUACAGUCAGAGGAUCCAGGGAGUGAGCGGGAGAGCGGGUAGAGGGCUGCAGUUCUUUGGGGUUUCGGUGCACUCUGCUGGGGAUCUGAACUCAGACGGACUGGCUGAUAUGGUGGUGGGAGCUAAAGGAGCCGCUUUCAUACUGAGGUCCCAGCCAGUGAUGCGUGUGUUGGUGUCUGUCACCAUGGACCCUCCCAUGAUCUCCCAGAACUACUUCCACUGUGCUGUCCCCAUGGCCCUGAACACUCCCGUAACCACAGCCAUUCUGUGUGUCACUGUCACUGGGGCCCACGUGGGAAACAUACAGGCUUCUCUCCAGGCGUCAGUGUCUGUGACAGUGGAUCUACUGGAGGAUCAGACCAGGACCAGGCCAGCCCGUCUGCUCUUCUACCUCAGAUCAACAUCCUCCAGCUGGGUUGAAACAGUUACAGGCACUGCCUGCCACAACUUCUCCCUCAGUAUCCCGGAGUGUAUAUCAGACUACCGUGAGGUGCCUCUGUCUGUUCAAAUGGCUGUGGAGGGCAUGGAGGUACCAGGGACAGGAGGACUGAAGUCAGUCCUGAGCCCAGACAACCCAACCUCUUUUGCACACAUGAUUUUGCUGGAGAAGGUUUGUGGCGAGGACCAUGUGUGUGUCUCUGACUUAUCAGUCAACGUCACCAGUCCAGAGGUGGUGUGUAGCGAAGGUUUCCCAGUAGAAGUAGAGGUAGAGGUGGCUAACAGUGGAGAGGAUUCCUCUGAGGCUGAGCUGACAGUGGUCCACCCCUCCUCCAUACCCUUCGUUCCUACCAAACGGCCAUCAGGACCAGGCCAGGUGGCUGUUUGGUGUGUGUCCAACACCACAGGACUAGAAAACAUCACACACACAGUGUGUCCUCUCAGCUCUUCCGUCCUGAGACAGGGGGCACGGGUGACAGUGUUGAUGUCAUUCACAGUGUUUGAGCCAACCUGUUUGAGAGAAAGACUGGCUUUAAAUGUGUUUGUUACAACUGAUAAUGAAGGACAGGGCACCCUUCAGGAUAACUAUGCAAGUGCCUCUGUCGAUGUCAAACUUCCUAUCAAUAUUGUUGUGAAAGGGGGAGACUCCUCCCAAUACAUAACUUUCCCAGACGACAAGCUUCUGGAGCACAUAUACAUGGUGGAGAAUUUUGGAGAUGUGGCAGCACCGGUCAAUGUUACAUUUGUGAUUCCAGUGGAGUUGGACUCUGGUUACCUGUGGAAUGUGUCUCUUCCUCAAACAGAUAACAGCAGAGGAAAGUGUGAGAGGAAGGAGGUAUUCUCUAAACAGGAAAAAAACACUCUGUUUUAUCAGCACUGUAGUGGGGUCAUCUGUCAUCUGGUUGACUGCACCAUAGGACUGUCAUCCAGCAAUCAGCCAACCAUCUUCAAGUUUGUUGGGAAUAUCAGUAGAAACUCAGAGGAUUCAGCGGUGCAGGUGGAGGUGGUCAGUUGGGGGUCGCUGUCCUUCGACCAGAGUGUCUACUCCCAGUACCCUGCCGUUGGUUCUCAGAGUGUGAAGAUUCUGUCCAUUCUGGAGACAACUCCUGAAUCCCACACUGCUCUCAUUGCUUCUAUCAGUGUUGUGUUUUCACUGUUGCUACUGAUGAUAAUCUCUGGGUUUCUCUACAAGAAGGGUUUUUUCAAGAGCAGAAGAAUUGCCUCUGGUGGUGUUGAUUAUAGUCCAGCUGCUCCUGGUCGGACUACAGCCCCUGAUGAUGACCAUGGUCUGACCGCUGAUAUUAGCUCACUGGAGGAGAACACCCUGUAGCCCAGUGGCGGUCAGUGCCGUUUAAGUUGAGGGAGGAAGAUUAUUUUCAUGCGCAUGGCCUUAUUUCUAUUACAGCAUAUUGGAUGACUGUUUUUCAUAUUCCAUUCACCCAGUUCAAUGUAACAUUGGAUAGGUUUAGGCUACUACAUGAUACUAGAAUAUUCCCUGUACACAUCAUGAGGGUUCUACAACCUAGCCUAUGAAUGAAAGCUUACAACGUAGGUGCACACAGGUCAAGAGACACAUUUGAAGUGACAGACUGUGACACAUGGCCAUCAGUGACACCUUACACACUCUUGCCUUCAUCUAGCUGAUACAAGGUGUAGACAUUAGUCCAACAUUUGCAAACAAAAGUUUCUAAUGGACAAAUUCAAGUAUUUUUAUCCCCGUUUUGUUCCGUUUAAGAAACGUAUUUCAACAGAAUCGCGGAAUGAAUCACGCGUAUACACAGUUCACUUUCAUAGCAGUCACGUUGUAAUCCUGGGUCCUGUGUGGCUCAGUCGGUAGAGCAUGGCGCUUGCAACGCCAAGCGUCGUGGGUUCGAUUCCCGCUGGGACCACCCAUAUGUAAAAAAAGUAGUGGCCCCAGCCGACUUGUAAGUCGCUUUGGACAAAAGCGUCUGCUAAAUGGGAUAUAUUUAAUCCUUCUCGCAUCCAUGCACUCUUCUCCUCUCACCUCUUCCCUUCACUUGUGGACUCCAAUGCACAUCAGCUGUAUGUGGCCAGGUGAAAAUAGCUUUCCAAGCCAAACCGCUACACACAGCCUAUAGCUAAUAGAACUAACAUGUUAAUAAACCCGCUACAAUCAUGCAGUAAUGUUAGUGUGCAGUCAGUCAUUUAAAAAAAUCAAACCUUUUAUUUAACUAGGCAAGUCACUAAAGAACAAAUUCUUAUUUUCAAUGAUAAUAAUAAUACUUGUAAAGCCCCCCCGGCCAACUCCUCCCCUAACCCAAACGGUGCUGGGCCAAUUGUGUGCCGCCCUAUGGGACUCCCAAUCACGGCCAAUACUCCCGAUACAGCCCGGGAUUGAACCUGGGUCUGUAGUGAUGCCUCUAGCACUGUAAUGCAGUGCCUUAGACCGCUGCGCCACUCGGGAGGCCAUAAGCCGUUAUACCGGUGGGCCUUGGUGGCAAUAAAUUAGUAAUACCAUAAGCUUACCUUGACUUGGAAGAGUUCAGGUGUUGUGUUGGAAAGUCAUAGCCAAUUUUCGCCUAAAAUGACAUACUCAAAUCGAACUGCCUGUAGCUCAGAACCUGAAGCAAGGAUAUGCAUAUUCUUGAUACCAUUUGAAAGGAAACACUUUGAAAUUUGUGGAAAUGUGAAAUUAAUGUAGGAGAAUAUAACACAUUAUAUCUGCUAAAAGAUAACACAAAGAAAAAAAAACGUGUUUAAAAAUAUAUGUUUUUUAUCAUCUUUGAAACGCAAGAGAAGGGCCAUUACAUGACUUAGAACUCUAGGCACAAUUUAGAUUUUGGCCACUAAAUGGCAGCAGUGUAUGUGCAAAGUUUUAGACUGAUCCAAUGGACCAUUGCAUUACUGUUCAAAAUGUUGUAUCAAGUCUGCCCAAAUGUGCCUAAUUGGUUUAUUGAUAGAUUUUCAAGUUCAUAACUGUGCACCCUCCUCAAACAAUAGCAUGGUAUUAUUUCACUGUAACAGCUAUUGUAAAUUGGACAGUGCCGUUAGAUUAACAGGAAUUUAAGCUUUCUACCCAUAUAAAACAUGUCUAUGUCCUGGGAAAGGUUCUUGUUACUUACAAUGUCAUGCUAAUCACAUUAGCGCAUGUUAGCUCAACUGGCACGGGGGGCGAUCCUGUAGAGGCUCUGGCUAACAUAGCAUCCCUCUGUUUGAGCAGGGUGUUUCAGUAGGCUAAACUAGCUAGCUGCAUUUGCUGGCUAAGUAAGUGAAACUGAAAGUGAAUUUAAUUUAUUUAUUUUCUAUCCCUUUUUCUCCCCAAUUUUGUGGCAUCGAAUUGUUUAGUAGCUACUAUCUUGUCUCAUCGCUACAACUCCCGUACAGGCUCGGGAGAGACAAAGGUUGAAAGUCAUGCGUCCUCCGAUACACAACUCAACCAAGCCGCACUGCUUCUUAACACAGCGCCAUCCAACCCGGAAGCCAGCCGCACCAAUGUGUCGGAGGAAACACGUGCACUUGGCAACCUUGGUUAUAGCGCGCACUGCACCCAGCCGGCCCCAGGAGUCGCUGGUGCGCGAUGAGACCGGCCAAACCCUCCCUAAACCGGGCAACGCUAGGCCAAUUGUGUGUCGCCCCACGGACCUCCCGGUCACGGCCGGUUACGACAGAGCCUGGGCGCGAACCCAGAGUCUCUGGUGGCACAGCUGGCGCUGCAGUACAGCGCCCUUCACCACUGCGCCACCUGGGAGGCCCGAAAGUGCAUUUUUGGUGGGAAAUCUCUCUCUUUCUCUUUUGCUUCUCCUUCAUUUUGGAAGAUAUACAUUUGUUAAAAUCUGGUGAACUAUUGUCUUUCUCUCUCUGAGUCAACUACUCACCACAUUUUAUGCACUGCAGUGCUAGCUAGCUGUAGCUUAUGCUUUCAGUACUAUAUUAAUUAUCGGAUCCUUUGAUUGGGUGGAUAACAUGUCAGUUCAUGCUGCAAGAGCUUUGGCAGGCUGCUGGACGUCCUCCGGAAGUUUUCAUAAUUACUGGAAGGGGUUGAGAACCAUGAGCCUCUUAGGUUUUGUAUUGAAGUCAAUGUACCCAGAGUAAGACGGAAGCUAGCUGUCCUCCGGCUACACCAUGGUUCUACCCUAUAGAGUGCUGUUCUGGUUACUGUAGACCUUCUUUGCAAAAUAGUGUUUUAAUCAAUUAUUUGGUGACAUGGUUAUAUUUAAUAUAGUUUUAUCUAAAGGAUAAAUUUUUAAAAAUAUUUUAUCAAAUUCACUGAGGAGGAUGGUCCUCCCCUUCCUCUUCUGUGGAGCCUCCACUGCUUUAGCUGUAUUCCCGGCUGACCCACCCAGCCACCUUAGCCUUUCUGAUACCUCUGUCAUUAUGAUUCUCUCCCGAAGUGUGCACUUAUACUUAAAAGGAAUGGAUUGGUAUGAAGAAUAUGGUGGAAACCUGUUUUUUUUGCCUGUUUUGCAUGUUAUUUUGGCAUUCAUAUGUGUCACAGAUCAGUUUGCAAACAAUGUCAAAUAAAAAUAAUAUUGACUUAAUAAAGCUGCAUACAAA